UAAGCUUCAAAAUCCACGCCUACCUUUGCCGUCCCCCUCGUUCUCUUUCCCCUACACUCCAAACCAUCUUAUCUCUGUGCCACUCCUCUCCAUUUCCCUUUCCCUCCUUCCAUGGCCUCCUCCAAGCUAAGAAGCUACACCUUCUGUCCUACUCUCCUCCUAUUGUGGUUGAAUUUCUCAGUCCUCCUAUCCUCCUCCGCCUCCAUUGCUGUUGUGUUCCUCCUUAGGCACACACCUACGCACUUUGGUUGGGCCCUUUUCACGGCCUCAUCCUUUUCUUUCAUCUCCUCACUCACUGGGCUAUGGUCACAAUUCAACAAGCUCUGCUUCGUCACCACCGUCUGCAUGCUUACAGUCUCACUUAUCGGAGAAGGAUUGGGAUUCCUCAUGCUCUUCUCCAGAGAAGGGACCAGCAUCAAGUUCCUUCAUUCAACAAGGGAUCCGAGAGAGGCCAAGGCUCUGAUCAGAGUGAACGCCGUGCUGCUUCUCGCGAUGUUCUUGAUGCAGAUGAUGGUGCUGGUUACCGUAUGCAUCUUGCAGAGCUGCUUGGUAGCUAAGUACCGAGGGUUGGAAUUUCAGAGGGAAGAGACAGAAAAGAGGAGGAGCAAGAGGAUGGCACAGGUACAGGAGGAAUCACUUGCAAAUGUGGCCAAGAUGGAGGAAACCAAAGCCAAAGAUUUAGACGAGAGGAUGAAAGCAAAAUAUGGGCAGUGGACGAGACCUGCUGACUUUGAAGUUUAGAUUGUUGAAGGCCUCAUGAGCAAGAAAGUGGAGCCACUGUAGCGUGUCUCUGUGUCUGCAUCAGUACGUACGCAUGCGUGCAUGUUGUGUGUGUGUGAGUUACAGCUCUGCUAAAGGGUUAAAAAGGAGUGAUCUGUUCUUGUAUAGAUGGUGAAGCAGUUUCUCAAAGCAGUUUCCGGCAAUAUAUCACCGUUUUCAGUUAUCA